AUACAUCAACGCAGUCACACUGGAGAGAAGCCCUACAGCUGUGAUCAAUGUGGUAAAACCUUUACUGAUAGUAGUGGCCUUAAAUCUCACCAGCUUGUUCACACCGGAGAGAAGCCAUACUGGUGUGAAUACUGUGGGAAAAUGUUUUCUCGAAGUAAUGCCCUUAAAAUACAUCAACGCAUUCACACUGGAGAGAAGCCGUACAGCUGUGAUAUAUGUGGUAAAACCUUUUCUGAGAGCAGUGGCCUUAAAUCUCACCGACGUGUUCACACUGGAGAAAAGCCGUACUCGUGUAAACAAUGUGGGAAAACGUAUGUUGUGAGUAGCAGCCUUAAAUAUCACCAACGUGUUCACACUGUGGAGAAACCAUACCGGUGUGAUCAAUGUGGGAAAACCUUCACUACUAGUAAUGGCUUUAAAUAUCACCAGCGCAUUCACACUGGAGAGAAGCCGUACAGCUGUGAACACUGUGGGGAAACAUUUUCUCAGAGCGGUAGCCUUAAAGCUCACCAGCGCAGACACACCGGAGAGAAGCCAUACUCGUGUGAACAAUGUGGGAAAACGUUUUCUGUGAGUAGUCGCCUUAAAUCUCACCAACGUGUUCAUAGUGGAGAGAAGCCGUACCCGUGUGAACACUGUGGAAAAACGUUUUCUGGCAGUACUCACCUUAAAUCUCACCAACGUGUUCACACUGGAGAGAAGCCGUACUGGUGUGAACAAUGUGGGAAAAUGUUUUCUCACAGCUGUAACCUUAAACGACACCAGUGCCUUCACACUGGAGAGAAUCCGAAAUAUUUUUUGGAGCUGGCACAGCAUCGUGAAAACGUUGAUCUACUGUCAGCUGUUGAGACGGAGGGCACAAGGAAAGGUGUCAGGGAGGCAUCGGGAGACUCAGAGGAGCGAGGGAGCAAAAGAAAGAAGGAGGAGAAACAAUCCUUCACAACAUCUGAUACUUUAAAGAUUCAUCAGAGAGUUCACACUGGAGAGAAUCUACACAGCUGUGAUCAAUGUGGAGCAGCUUUUACACUGAAGAGUAACCUAAUAAUACAUCAACGCAAUCACACCGAAGAGAAACCAUACCGGUGUGAUCAAUGUGGGAAAACCUAUACUAAUAGUUGGAGCAUUAAAUAUCACCAACGUGUUCACAACGGAGAGAAGCCAUACUCGUGUGAACACUGUGGGAAAACGUUUUCUGUGAGUAGUAGCCUUAAAUCUCACCGACGCAUUCACACUGGAGAGAAGCCGUACGGCUGCAAGCUAUGUGGUAAAACAUUUUCUGAAAGCAGUAGUCUUAAAUGUCACCAACGUAUUCACACCAAAGAGAAGCCGUACUUGUGUGAACAAUGUGGGAAAACGUUUUCUGUGAGUAGUGCCCUUAAAUCUCACCAGCGUGUUCACACUGGAGAGAAACCGUACCGGUGUGAUCAAUGUGGGAAAAUCUUUACUCACAGUAGUGCCUUUAAAGAUCACCAGCGUGUUCACACCGGAGAGAAGCCGCACUGGUGUGAACAAUGUGGGAAAAUGUUUUCUCGGAGUAGUUACCUUAAAAAACAUCAACGCAUUCACACUCGAGAGAAGCCAAGAAGAGGAAAGGGACCAAAAUGUCACCACUGUCAACACUGUGACAAAUCCUUCACAACAUCUGGAACUUUAAAGAUUCAUCAGAGAGUUCACACUGGAGAGAAUCUACACAGCUGUGAUCAAUGCGGGGCAGCUUUCACACUGAAGAGUACCCUAAAAUUACAUCAACACAGUCACGCUGGAGAGAAGCCGUACAGCUGUGAUCUAUGUGGUAACGCCUUUACUGAUAAUGACUUUAUAAGACACCAGCUCGUUCACACCGGAGAGAAGCUGUACAGCUGUGAACAUUGUGGGAAAACAUUUUCUGAGAGCCGUAACCUUAAAUCUCACCUGCGCAUUCACACCAGAGAGAAGCCGUACUGUUGUGAUAUAUGUGGUAGAGCAUUUUCUGAGAGUGGUACUCUUAAAUCUCACCAGCGCACUCACACCGGAGAGAAGCCGUACUCGUGUGAAUGUGGGGAAACGUUCUCUCAGAGCUGUAGUCUUAAACGACACCAGCGCAUUCACACUGGAGAGAAGCCGUACUGUUGUGAUAUAUGUGGUAGAGCAUUUUCUGAGAGCGGUAGUCUUAAAUCUCACCAACGUGUUCACACCGGAGAGAAGCCGUACUUGUGUGAAUGUGGGGAAACGUUCUCUCAGAGCUCUAGUCUUAAACAACACCAGCGCAUUCACACCGGAGAGAAGCUGUACUGUUGUGAUAUAUGUGGUAGAGCAUUUUCUGAGAGCGGUAGUCUUAAAUCUCACCAGCGCAUUCACACCGGAGAGAAGCCGUACUCGUGUGAAUGUGGGGAAACGUUCUCUCAGAGCUGUAGUCUUAAACGACACCAACGCAUUCACACUGGAGAGAAGCCGUACUGUUGUGAUACAUGUGGUAGAGCAUUUUCUGACAACGGUAGUCUUAAAUCUCACCAACGUGUUCACACCGGAGAGAAGCCGUACAGCUGUGAUAUAUGUGGUAGAGCAUUUUCUCAAGUUGGUAGCCUUAAAUCUCACCGACGUGCACACAAUGGAGAGAAACCGUACCGGUGUGAUCAAUGUGGGAAAUCAUUUUCUCAGAGUAGUAACCUUAAAUCUCACCAGCGCAGACACACUGAAGAGAAGUCGAAAUAGUCUGAACAAGUACAUUAGCUUUAAAUAAGCAAAACUACAAAGAGACUUAUGAAAGUGCAGCUUCAAGAAAAAACUAUAAACAAUUACUACAGUGGGGUUUGAAGGUUUGGACACCCCAGGUAAAAAUGUGUAUUAAUGUGCAUAAAGAAGCCAAGAAAAGAUGGGAAAAUCUCCAAAAAACCUCAAAUGACAGAUUAGACAUUCGUAUAAUACGUCACAAAAAGUUGGAUUUUAUUUCCAUCAUUUACACUUUCAAAAUAACAGAAAACAAAGAAAUGACGUCUGCAAAAGUUUGGGGCCCCCUGCAGAAUUAAUACCAUGUACCCCCCCCCCCUCCCCCUUCUUGUAGCCAGCCAAGAGUCUUUAAUUCUUGUUUGAGGUAUCUUCGCCCAUUCUUUCUCCAACAGUCUUCCAGUUCUUUGAGAUCUGUACCUGGAUCUGGUCAGUCACGCACUGCUCUUUUAAAGGUCUAUCCAUAGAUUUUACAUUAUGUUGAGGUCAGGAGAUUGUGAAGGCCAUGGCAAAACCUUCAGUUUACUCUUCUUGAUGUAAUCCACAGUGGAGUUUGAGGUGUGUUUAGGAUCAUUAUCCGUUUGUAGAAGCCAUCCUCUCUUUAACUUCAGCUUUUUCACUGAUGGCAUUGAGUUAGCGUCCAAAAUUUGCUGAAAUUGUAUUGAAUCCAUUUCUCCUUCUACUCGUGAAAUGUUCCCUGUGCCAUGAGAACGGCUGAUUGUAUUCAGGGGGAGGUUUGCGAGCUUUUGACUAAUUCUGGGAUUUUUAACCCAUGUAUAAUCAU